AUGCAGCUGCAGGUAUUGGCCGUUGGAUAUCUCAUGUCUGGUGAAUCUGGCAGAAGCUCAAGUCAUCCAGACGUGAUACAGAAACACAAUACCUUCUUCGAACAGACUGAAAAGGUGAUUAUGGACGGCACAGGUCUUCUGAAGAUGCUUAUAUUCAUGAUAAAGCCAGUGAUAACUAAUCUUUGUCAUUCUGCCUUUUCCGACCAAGACGUUCUGAACGAGUUUCAGGAGGAUAAGUAUGAUCUUGCUGUGGUAGAAGGACUACCGAUGACAGGGUGUAUCUUUUCCAUUCCUGUUUAUCUUGGAAUCCCUUAUGCAGCUAUUGGUUCAUUCAUUGAUCCGCAGGAUGCUAUGAUGCCACUACAAACAACCUUAUUUCCAAGCUUCUAUUUGCCAUAUUCUAAUGACAUGACAUUUCUUGAACGCUUUAUCAACACAAUAAUCUACUUCCUCAACCCUCUCAUCAAAUACGCCAUAAUUCCCUCCCUAGAUCUUUCAAGCUUCAGCGAAAAACUGAAAACAGUCGAUACAAGGAAUUUGAUCAAAGAUUCUGUUCUUUUUCUAGAAAACUCAGAUUAUUUCAUAGACCACCCAAAAGCACUGUUCCCCAAUUUCUUACAAGUAGGAGGCCUCACAGCUUCUCCCUCGAACCCAUUACCAGAGGAUCUGAGGAAAUAUAUUGAUGGUGCCAGGGAUGGGGUCAUCAUUGUGACUUUUGGUAGUGUUUUGAAGCAUGUGCCUCAGCGUGUGGUUGAACGGAUGAUGAAUGCCAUGACCCGAUUGGGACAGCGUAUUUUAUUCAAGCACAAUAACGAGGAGCUUAAGGGAAAUAUCAAAACCAUGAAGUGGAUACCACAGAAUGAUGUGCUUGGCCAUCCUAACGUGAAACUCUUUGUCUCCCAUGUCUCCCAUGAGCAUGUGAUUAAAUAUGGCGGUAAUAAUAUGAGACCUCCUGAAGUGGACUUUCUAAGCAGCAUCUAUGCAGAUGUGUGGCUGAUCAUUUUUGUCUUUGAUUUCCUCUUAUGGAAACGUCAGUCCGCAGUAGGGUCGAUGUGCUCUGAACCCACGUUCACCAAACCUCCAAUACUCUGUCUGACGACUGACCCUGUGUCCCAGUGCUGUCGCUGCCGUUGCCGUCGCCGUCGCCGUCACUGUUAUGAAGAGGUUCGGGGAUGA